CGUAAAAAGCGGGCAACCGCAAUUUGGUGUUUUCCUCGCCAGCAAACGAUUCCCAGCGGUGUCGCUACUUUCAUAACGCUGCAUACCAGCAUGACGUCCCAAAACACAGCGGUGACGGCAAUAACGUCCUACUGCCUGUCAUCCAUAUUAAUGACCUUGACCAACAAACUGGUCCUCUCAAGCUACGAUUUCAAGCUCAACUUUCUUCUCCUAGCAAUUCAGUCGGUUAUAUGUGUUAUCACAUUGGAGAUAUUUGGGGGGUUGGGUCUGGUGAGCAGGAGGAGGUUUUCAUGGGAUGACGGCAAAAAAUGGUUCAUCGUCUCUGCCUCUCUUGUAGCCAUGAUUUACACCGGAUCCAAAGCCUUACAGCACUUAUCCAUCCCUCUUUUCACCAUUUUCAAAAACCUUACUAUUAUCCUCAUUGCGUACUCGGAACGCACGCUGCUAAAGGGACCACCCGUCACCCGUCUGAUGCUCGUCGCUUUCCUCAUGAUGGUCGUAUCAUCUAUCAUUGCAGGGUGGGCGGAUUUAUCCACUGGAAAGGUCUUGAAACCUACAGACAGUGACUCGGACAUGGAAUGGAUUGUUGCGUACGGGUGGAUGUUGUCUAAUUGUUUGACGACGGCGGGUUUUGCGUUGUUGAUGAAGAGUAAGAUUCGGGAAGUGGGAUUCAAGGAGUUUGAUACUGUGUUUUACAACAAUCUUCUCUCGAUACCUAUUCUUGUUGUUGCAUGCCUUCUUCUGGAAGGCGGCGAAGCCCAAAAGUUUUAUGAAAAGUACUCUGACCCUGAACGACCUUCUGGGGAGGUGUAUGGCCUUGCCAUUGGGAUCCUCAUGAGCGGAGUAAGCAGUUUUGGAAUCAGUUACAGCACCGCCUGGUGCAUGCGUGUUACCUCUUCGACAACAUAUAGUAUGGUGGGUGCUUUGAAUAAGCUCCCCAUAGCGGUCGCUGGAAUGAUAUUUUUCAAUGACCCAGUCACAUUCGGUGGUGUGGCUGGUGUAUUGAUCGCUUUCUUUGCUGGAAUCGUAUAUAGCCAUGCAAAGAGCGUGCAACCCACGGCGGGAGUGAAACCAGCAUCAGAUUUACCACUCCCUGUCAACAUCAAAGCGGACAGAGAUAGAGGACUCUAUAAGCUUGCAAAUGCUUGAAUCACUAGUGCAGUCACACAUGCACACUCUACUGUAUAUUCUAAUAAAUUAUUGCCGUGAUCAAAUGAGGUUCCG